AUGGCAAUCUCUCUUAUGGCUUCAUCUACAUCAAUUCUUACCGUUGUUCUUUAUGCAUUAUUCAUAAACAAUGCAAUAGCCGCAAACUUUCCUCGAAGUGUAAGAGAGACACUAAUUGGUCUAGAACCAAUUCAUCACAACUACUUACAAUCAAGUGAUGGUUAUCAUAUAAAGCUAGAACUUCCAUCAGGUCUAAAUCCACUCCAUAACAACUUCAUACAAUCCGAUAAUGGUUAUGAUAUCAAACGAGAAGUCCCAACAGGUUCAAAUCCACUCCACAACAAACUCGUCCCACCAGGUUCAAAUCCAGCCCGCAACAACUUCAUACAAUCCAAUAAUGGUUAUGAUAUCAAACGAGAAGUCCCAACAAGUUCAAAUCCACUCCACAACAAACUCAUCCCACCAGGUUCAAAUCCAGCCCGCAACAACUUCAUACAAUCCAAUAAUGGUUAUGAUAUCAAACGAGAAGUCCCAACAGGUUCAAAUCCACUCCACAACAAACUCGUCCCACCAGGUUCAAAUCCAGCCCGCAACAACUUCAUACAAUCCAAUAAUGGUUAUGAUAUCAAACGAGAAGUCCCAACAGGUUCAAAUCCACUCCACAACAAACUCGUCCCACCAGGUUCAAAUCCAGCCCGCAACAAUCUCAUACAAUCUAGUAAUGGUUAUGAUAUCAAACGAGAAGUCCCAACAGGUUCAAAUCCACUCCACAACAAACUCGUCCCACCAGGUUCAAAUCCAGCCCGCAACAACUUCAUACAAUCCAGUAAUGGUUAUGAUAUCAAACGAGAAGUCCCACCAACUCCACCUUUGGAAUCACAAUUAGGAUUUUAG